AUGUCCGCCGUGCAGAAUAAUCUCGUGCCCGCUCAGCCCCAUAUCCAGUAUCAUCCUGACUUUGAGAAAUAUCAAGACCGUACUCGUCGUCGCCAGGAAACUGAGACUCUGCAGGAUACUGUGCCGGUAGGGUUCCCUCGGAAGUUGAAUUCCCCACUUGUUUGGGAAGGGAAAGACAUUGAGAAACUGGAUGACUGGAUCUAUCAUUUGAGUGAUGUUCAACUCGACGAGAUCGACAAGGGUCUACAGAGUUUCAAAAGUGCGUUCCGCGCAAUCUCUCCCUGGGUCACAUCAGCGACUCUACAUUCCCUCUUCCUACUCUUCACUCGGUCCUUCGAGAUCUCUCCAAGGAGAUCCAGACCGGCCGAGGCUUUGUCGUUCUUCGGGGGGCUACGUAUCGAUGACUACUCUCGAGAGGAUAAUAUCAUGAUUUACGCUGGCGUGUCCUCCCAUUCUGGCAAUAUUCGAGGACCUCAGCAGGAUACCAGGCUGGAAAAUGGCACUUCUCCCAUAAUCUCGCAUAUCAAGGACCUCACCGGUAUAGUCGACGAGGACAAGAUCGGCGCACCAUCCAAUACUGCCGAUAAGCAGGUAUUCCACACCGAUGCAGGAGAUAUUGUUUCCCUGCUUUGUCUAGGCCCUGCCGCCGAGGCAGGAGAAAGCUAUCUAUCAAGCAGUGGACACGUCUACAACAUCUUGGCCAAGGAAAGGCCAGACCUCAUCCACACAUUGUCUCAAGAUUGGCCAGUCGAUGGAUUCAAUAAUCCCCAGAAGCCAUACACACUUCGGCCUCUCCUCUAUCACCAGGCUGCCACCGCAACUACUCCUGAACGUGUUCUGAUUCAGUAUGCACGACGGUACUUCACUGGUUUUCAAGCCCAGCCACGAUCUAAGGAUAUUCCACCCAUCACCGAGGCACUCGACGCGCUGCAUAUUCUGGCAGAGAAGCACCGCGCCGCACUAGAUUUUCAAUAA